GAUUUCAUUUUUAUUUCUGCGGGCUGAAACAAAAUGGCGACCUCCAUUCGUCGGCGAGAAACCGAGAUGUUCCUUGUCGUUUUAAUCAUUUUAGGAAUUAUCCCAGUCCACAGUGGGACGAAGACCAUUGAGCUUCAAGAAGAUAAUUGGAGCGACAUGUUAGCGGGAGAGUGGAUGGUUGAAUUCUAUGCACCAUGGUGUCCAGCUUGCCAGGCAUUAGAACCAACCUGGGACCAGUUUGCAGGCUGGGGAAAGGAUCUAGAUAUCAAUGUCGCUAAAGUGGAUGUCACACAAAAUCCAGGACUGAGUGGAAGGUUUCUUGUCACUGCCUUGCCAACAAUUUACCAUGUUAAAGAUGGAGUGUUUCGUGUUUACCUUGGCUCCAGGAAUGAGAAGGACUUAAUAGGUUUUGUAGAUGACAAACAGUGGAAAGAUCUGGAUCCAGUACCUUGGUACAUGUCCCCGGGAGCGCUACACAUGUCUGUCUUGAGCAUGUUUUUUAGGCUAUCCAUGUUAGUUAGGACUAUCCAUAAUAAUAUGACAGAGCUGUACAAUGUGCCCACCUGGGGCUCCUACCUCCUGUUUGCAGUAGUCACCAUCAUGGCAGGAUUGAUACUGGGACUGGGCCUGGUAUUAUGUUGUGACUGUCUUUUCCCACCAAGACCAGCAGUAUACUUGAAAAAAAAAGAUGAUGACUAUUUACCAGAGGACAGCAGUGGCAGAAACACCAGUGCUAAUUCUAGGGAUGAUGAGUCUGACAUUCCAGAUGACACGUCAACAGGACAACCAGAAGAAAAUUCUGUGAGACAAAGACAUACAGAAUCAUCCUAGGAAAAAGAGUCCUUUUUUUUUUCAUGAUAUGCACAGCUGCUCUUGGGACAAUAGUACACUGUCAGAUACAUUUAGUUGAAAAAUAAACGUAAAAAAAAUAGGAAUUUGUAUCUCUGUAUGGUGUAUUGUUAGCGUGUUAGUUUUUAUGCCUGCAAUGGUUUAAAGGAUUUACUGAAUGCAUAGUGAUAAUUAAACAAGCAUUAUUACAGAGAGGGGGAUAAUUUUUACAUGGGUUUGAAACAGGAUUGGGAUUUUAAUUUUUUUUCCCGGAUGCUUGCCAAAUUACAGGUUUCUUGAAGCAAUAUUCUGUAUUAGAUAUAAGGUAAAAAAUUGAAAUAUAUUUUUAUGGCAGUAGAUAGUUGUGAAGAUAUGUUACAUACGAAUCACUUUUUCCUCACAGAGAGCAAUUACAAUGAACAUAUGUUUAUAAACUCAUAAACAGAUUAGUUGUUUAAUAACAUGCAGAUCUUUCAGCACCAAGCCCAUAUUAACCUGUAACCCAUAAAUUAACCAACACCGUAAAAGUAUUUACCACUACCAGAGCAAUUACUAGCACUAACAUUCAUCUGCUACGGUAGUGGUAAAUACUUUUACAGUGUGUAGGUUAAUCUGUGGGUUAUGUGGUUAGUAUGGGUUUUAGUGCUGAAAGAUCUGCAGGUAGUGUUAGUAAAAGCUAAUCCAUUUAUAAGGCCUGAAAUUAAGGUGCUACAUGCCCCCCCCCCCCCAACCUAGAGUUAGAAAGUUAGUCCCAGGGUAACAUGCUGGCUCAAUUGCAAUCAGUACUAUUAAGCUGCAUUUUCAAAAUAAGUCUGUCCAAACUUAGUACAAAUGCACCCAGACAUGAUAUAUUGAACAAGUGCUAAAUGAAGAGGGUUAAUCAGAAACUCAUUUUUAGCCGUUUUGAAACUAGCAUAUUAUUUUUUAGUUAUGAAAUAGAUACAUCACCAGUCAGUGGGGUGUUUUUAUAUAUAUAUAUGUAUGUGUGCAAAGCACACGCCGAUGUCACAUAUAUUUUACUGAUGAGUGGUAUAUCUGACUAACAUGUAUACCAUUGUGAAUGUCAGGGAGAUAAGACCUAGGUUUGACAGAGUCAUAUCCAUGUAUGAAUUGCAUGUAUGGAUAGUUUGCUCUCAAUAUCCAUACAAAUAAAUUAAUGAGGUAUCAUGUCCACGUAUAUAAUUGUGUGUAUAUAUAUAUGUAACAAGUGGUGGUAUCCAUGGAGUUGAACGAGGGGGUAUUGAUCAGAAAAAGCUUGCUUUUAUUAGUUUUUUAUGAGUAAGUGGAAUUGAUCGAAACUAACCUUCAUUUUAUAAAAAAUAAUGUCAUUUUAUGCCUUCUUCAGUUCUAAUGCGCAGGUAAAUUGGGCUCAGUUGGCCAUAUGAUGAUAAUUUUGAACAUACUGUCUGCUUAACAUGCUAUCUCAAUUCUUUUUUGUCAAAUGGUUUUAUGCAUCAAAUGCUGACAAUGUUAAGCUACUUGAAAGUGUUUGUUGUUUGUAAAUGAUUUAAACGUAAUUUCUGUAGUUAUCAAUAUAGCAUUAUAUUCUGUGGCAUAAUUGGCUCCAAUCAAAAUGGCAUAUUCCUGUUCUUUUUUGGAACAAAACUUUAUAAGUCUUGAUAAUAUUAAUAGCAAAAAUUUCAGUUGUAAAUUGAUAUUUUGAUGUUGUUGUUAAAUCAAAUUUAUUAAUUUAAUUUAAGAUCCAUUUGAACUCAAUUUCUUGCUACCAAAGUCAACCAAAUGACACCACAGUUUCAAAUAGUCUAACUUGGAGAAAUACUGAAAGACAUUGUUAUGUAUUACCUGAUAUAGGGAUAUUUGAACAGAUUUUCUGCUUGCUUGCUGUGCUGUAUAAAUAGAUAAAUAGGUCAGAUAACUAAGGCAAAUUUAUGACCACCAAUUUAAAGUUCUUUUAUGGCUGAUUGAAUGAUUAAUUUAAUUUAUUUGAGUUAUAUAAGAAACUAGUAGAAGUGGUUUAUGUGAGUUAAUCCCUGCCCCAUUGAUGCUUGGUUCAUAUGUACCUUAAAUUUCAUUUUAUCAGUGAUUAUAGCUUGUACCUACAGCAGAAGUAACAGAAAUGAAGCUCUGACUUAUAUAAGUUUUUUUAAAGCUUGAGAGCACAAUGUUUUCCAACCUAAUCAAAAUGUUGACCUGAAUGGAUGAUAACAUCAGAAGAAAAAAUGAUCACAUAUUUCAGGCUUUUUAGCUAAAAGAAGUUCCAAUUACUAUUAGCCAAUGGCAAACUUUGCCACUAUUAAUUUGAGAUAGGAAGUUGUUUUACUAUACAUGCCAGUGACCAAUUUUUGGUUGGACUGUAGUUUCCAUGAUAUUUGCCAGGUACUUUUUCCAGAGUUACUUGUCACAGGUUUAAAGAAACUUUAUUCCGUGUAAACGUUUGUGAUGAUGGGCAGUUGGCCUGGUGGCAUCAGUAAAUCAUCGGUAGCCUGAAUAAAAGAAUCCUUAAUAAAAAAAUAAUUUUCUUUUAA